ACAGGCAGCAGCAGCAGCAGCGUGCAGAGUGCAGCAUGCAGACUGGUCACUGACGCUGCCGUGGGAUUGAACACAGACGCACACAUCUCUAAGGAGUGUAUGAGACAUGCCCAGGCUGCUGUCCAUGGACACAACCACACUGGCAGGGCACCAGAGAGGAAAUACAGCAGACCCCCGAGCCUGAGGAACGAUGGAGAGCAGCAUGUUCUUUGGUAACACAUGUCAGAAUGGCCUCAUGCCCACGCUGAUGCGUCCCACCCUGCCUGCAGUCCAGACCUCACUGGGCAUAAAGCAGUUCCUCCCAUUUCCAUUGGAUACGGCAUCAGCGGUCCGCCUCUUCCCAGGAUUCAACACGAUGGACCCAGUGCAGAAAGCCGUCCUCCAUCAUACCCUCGGCCUCCCGCCCACCGCAAAGAGGAAGCACGUCUCCUGCAGCGUCUGCCAGCUGAGGUUCAACUCACAGAGCCAGGCCUUGGCCCACUACAAGGGGACCAAACAUGCCAAGAAGCUAAAAGCCCUGGACGCUCCGAAGAGUAAGCUCAAAGGCUCAGCGGUCACCAAGGACACCAACAACCAGGAGAUCGCCAAGGGCAUCAACACCUCGCAGGUCCCCAACGGCACGGACAGGAAAGAUGGUGUUUCUGGACCAGCCCCUCUCCCGCUCUCCCCUGUGCUCAGACUGGCGCCACCUCUGGCACCCCUGACUACCCUUACAACGACCCCGACGCCGGCCCCUGUGGCCUCACCCACGGUCCCUAGCGCCCCGGCGGCCCCGGCCCCAGAGACUACCUCAGCUACCGGAGGAGACGAGAGGCCGGGUAAAACUAACUCGCCUCCAGAGCCAGACCCGGAGCCCGAGGCCGAAGCCGAAGCUGAGGAUGACGGGGAAACGGAGGAGGAGAAAGCUCGACGUCUUCUGUACUGCUCGCUGUGCAAAGUGGCCGUCAACUCAGCAUCUCAGCUGGAGGCUCACAACAGCGGAACGAAGCACAAGACGAUGCUGGAGGCCAGGACGGGCUUGGGCUCCAUCAAGUCUUUCCCCCGGCCGGGAGUCAAGAGCAAACUGGCGGUAAACACCAAAUCAUCGACGGGCCUGCAGAACAAAACGUUUUUCUGUGAGACGUGUGACGUGCACGUCAACUCAGAGACUCAGCUCAAACAGCACAUCAGCAGCCGACGUCAUAAAGACCGAGCGGCAGGUAAACCAGCCAAACCCAAAUACAGCCCCUACAGCAAACCACAGAAAGGCCAGAGCAAACAGCCGAUAAAGUUAACCCUGGGAAAGGAUCGUCAGGUCCAGCCUCUGACUCCUCAGAUCAUCCCCGCUCACCUGGCAGCAGUUGCAGCAGCCGCCGCCGCCGCCAUCGGCAACUCCUUCCCCCACCGCACGAACCACACCACUAACCACACCCCCAGCACCGCCCUCUUCCAGACUCAGACCCUCUCUGCUGCUCUGCUCCGCCCGGCCCCUGGGCCUGUCAGGACCUCCCACCCACAGGUCCUUUUUGCCCCUUAUUGACCCGUGUGACAGCCUUCUGUCCAGGACCAGAACCAUGAGCUUCAACUCCAAUCAGGACCAGGAGUCAUGUCAGCGUGUGCACUCCUUAUGGACAGAGUUGUUCUGAUACCAAUAACUAUACUGGCCCUGAUGGGACUUCAGAGGCUGUACUGGAUUUCAGCAGACAUCAAUAGUGAACACAUCAAUCUGAAACAGUACUUUAAAAUCCCUUUAAAAACUGGUUUCACUCUCUUUGCUUAUUUAUGGCUUUGAGCUUUAGAAAUCAAUAAUGAGACUUAAAAACAAUCCGUUAGCCUGGAGAUAUGCUAGCUUCACAAUUUGGGUACACAUUUUCAGCUCUUCACUACAUGUACUACAGGAGGAUUCCUCUAGAGGGCACACCAGAGUGCUCAGACUAUAAGCAGCUAUUAUAUGUGUGGGAUGUAAACUACAAACAUGGCAAGGCUCGCUGCUAUCAUGUUUACUUUGUGGCUGAAACUAUCAUGCUAGUGACAUCAGCAGCCAGUGUGCCAGCUUGCUGUCAGAUCAGACAUGCCUGCACCCUCAUUUAAACUAAAAAAUACAAAUUCAACUCUGUGCAGCGUUAACCUAUAAAAACGCGAUCUACUCUGACUGAAACAUGUUUUGAAUUGGGCUGUGAACAUGUUUAUUUCUGCUGUAAAAAUCAGCAUUGUAACAUGGGGUGUGUGUGUGACUUUGGUGCUUCUUCAGCCUGCCUCAAGUGGACACUUGAGGAACUGCAGCUUUUUUCCAUUCCUACAUUGGUUUUCUUUUUCAGCCACAGAAGUUGCAGCUUGGGUAAACAUGGAUUAAGAUGGCAAAGCUCCUAAAUCAGCAAAGCAAGCCUUAGUGAGAGUGAAAAACGGCCACUCAGCUGCAUAUAUGAGAACAUGACUGGGCAGAUUAGGGCCGUUUUUUACGACAGGAAGUACACUGCAGAGGUUAUUAUUAUUUUUUAUUAUCACUGGCAUGGAUCAGGACUGUGACAUGGUGGACUAGAAAACUCAGUGGGCUCAGUCCAGAAUAAAAAGGCUUUAAAAGGGUAUGAAAUGAAAGUGCCAGCGGCCAAACCCAGCAGGAAAUCUACAUUUGUACCUUCAAAAUCCUCCCCUGAAAUUUAUGACAGAGUGAUGUUAAGCUAGAACGGCUGUGCUGUCGCCACUAUAAUGGAUUACGUCAGACUGUUAACCACACCGCUGUUCUCUGAAAAACAGACAAAGACAUGACUGAUCGGCUUCAUUCUUCAGCCACUGAGGUUACGGCUUUCCCCUCUAGAUCCAUAACGUCUCUACUGUUCAUGUGCAUACCGCAUUUCAUGUUGUGUUAAUUUUUCAGGACAUGCAGAGCAGACGUUUGUGCAUUGUUAAAAGCAAGCAUAUCUCCAGGCUUACAGACUCAAAGUUAGAGCUGCAUCCACAGCAAAGGUCGACUCAGUAACCUCUUACCAGAAUAAGCUAAGCUUAGCUAUAAAAUACUAAUGGGGGGUGUAACGACUCAUAGAGGUCACGGUUCGGUUCGUGCCACGGCUCUUGGAGUCACAGUUCGGGUUUAGUUCAUCGAUAAAGAGGGAAUAUAAAGUCCCAGAUUUAUAAUUAUAGGUUUCCAUAAUUUAUCCUUAUUUUUAAACUAACAUUGGAGCAGCUUCAGUUCUGUAUAAUCAGAUGAAACAAUCUGUGAUAGUUGGUUCUUCUAAACAUGACACAAAACAACAAGAAAAAAAAUGCAAAAUAAAAAGCAACUUGGAAAGCACCAGGCUAAUAUCUACUGAUUUAAAAACAAUAAUGAAAAUACAUUGUAAAAUGCACAUUUAAAUACAUGCAUUUUAGAGAAAUGUAUUCUAGUUAUGGUUAUAUACUGUGCUGUGGCACCGUUGUUAGAAAAUAGACGAUGCAGCAAAAUCCUGACUCCAGAUUAUCUGAUCUAAACACAGGAUGGGACGUUGUAAUGGAGUCUGAGCUCAAAAACAUGCUGUUAGCCUGUGUCUUUCACUUCCACAUGUCUGUUCACAGCCUUUAAAAUGUAUAAGCAAUGGUAACAACUUUGACCCAUUCUGCUUUCACAUCCAGAGGCUUUUUAAAAACAGCUCAGAGAUGUGGAGAGGAAGAAGAGGCCAGCAUUUCUCGCUGUUCUGCAGCUCUAUCUACAAAGCAAACUCCUCUUCACUGUUUGUUUUGUUUUGCUGGCUUCUUCCUCUUCUUUGUUGGUUGUUUAGCAAACACAAACAUGGAUGCCUCCUGGAUUUGCAGUAAAUACUGUUAUAUUUUCUUUAUUUUUCUUUUUUAAUGAUCUGGACAUAUUCGUCCUGUGACUUUGAGCCCCGAGCCAUGACCAUCAAAUCAUGACGGUUCAGGGCGAAUACAAACACCGUUACACCCCUGAUUACUAAUUUUACAUUACUUCAAAUAUUUCUACUGUUGGUGAAAUAUUCUUUAUAUAAGCCUAUUUCUGCCACUUAAAAAUGAAACAUGUGAAAGUGAGUCAGUUAUAAAAAAAAAGAAUCUGAGAUAAAAAGUCAAAUUUAUGGGAUUUAAGUCAUUAUUAUGAA